AUGACACCCAUGAACAGUUCGAUAAAUACGGUUAAUCAGUUUAACUACACAUAUCCGUGUGAAAGAUAUGCCGUAGCAGUGUUCACCUAUGGUCAUAUCAUUCCAGCUAUUUUUCUAUUUAUAUUUGGUUUAACAUUUAAUUUAAUUGCACUCUAUUAUUUUCAUUCGUCUCAUCAUUUUCAUCGAACAGCUUAUUGUUAUUAUUUUUCUACAAUAGCGUUAUUUGAUUCGAUACGAUUAGUUGUAUGGUGUGUAUUUUUAUUUAUUGAUUUUAAAGUAUUAAAAAUGGCGUUUAAACGAUUUGAAUGUUCAACACAAAUGUUUAUUGAAUCGGUGACAAGUGGUGUUAGUGUAUGGAUCACGGCUGCAUUAACAAUUGAACGAUGUGCAGUCAUUUUUAAAUCAAUGAAAUGUCGACAACGACGAGGACAACGAGCAAUUAUUUGUAUUAUUAGUAUCAUAUCGUUUAGUAUCCUCAUUAAUUUAUUGUUUUUAAAACCAGGAUAUUAUAGAGAAAGACUCUAUAACAAUCGAACAAUUAAUAUUCUUUGUCUUUAUGGAACUGAUGAUCUAAUCGGUGGUAAUAGUUCAAUCAUAACCGAUCAAAUUAAAUUUUAUUAUACGUUAUCAAUCGUUGUAUUUCGUACAGUAAUUCCAUUUUUUCUCCUGUUAUUAGCAAAUAUUGCUCUAUUCAUAUGUUUAAGAAAAUAUCGAACAACGCGUUCUAUUAGUCAUUAUUCCUUCGUAUCAUCGAGACCAAAACAACGUCCAUUGGCCAUGAUAAAUAAUGGACAAGAACUAAAAGACUUUCAUUCACAUUAUACAUUGUCAGCAAUGUCAAAUCCAAAAAAUGGCUCACAAGAAUUGAUCAAACAUGGUAGAAGUAGACGGGUAACACCUAUGAUAUUUUUAUCAUCAUUAAUAUUAAUUAUUACUGUUUCACCACGGUGA